UCUACAAACCAUUUCUCUGAGUGAAUCCUCCUUGUGAAUAUGCUAGAGAUGAAAAGGGGUUAGUUCCUUGCAAGACUUCACCAGCCAUGAAGGAAAAUGCAUAAUACCUGCAACUGAACCCGGCUAGCCUCUCCUGAAACAUGGCACAGUGACAAUCAGUGACAGAAAAGCAAGGACAGUCAGGGUAAGAAGAUUGACCUUUUUGGUUGGCUGUAGUUGAAGAUUGCUUAACAGAAGCCACAAAAAAGGAGAAAGACAGUAGAACAGAAGGGUUGGACUUGUGGAGUUAAGUCCUUAAAUAAAGACAACUCGCUGAAUUGAAUGGGACUUACAUUCACUGAAAAGCCACAUAGAACCGUAGAUUCAGGCAAAAGCUUCCUUAUUACAAGUGUUUUUAAGUCAUGAUGCAAGAAUCUGGGACUGAGACAAAAAGUAACAGUUCAGCCAUUCAGAAUGGAGGAAGUUCUGGUAACCACUUACUAGAGUGCAGCCUACGGGAAGUGAGAUCAAACGGGGAGACACCUUCUGUGGAAAUUGGUGCUGCAGAUCUAGCCCAUCUUCAGCAACAACAGGCCCUUCAGGUAGCGAGGCAGCUUCUGUUACAGCAGCAGCAGCAGCAACAACAACAGCAGCAGCAACAACAACAGCAGCAACAACAACAACAGCAGCAACAACAACAAAUCAGUGGGCUAAAGUCUCCCAAGAGGAAUGACAAACAGCCAGCCCUUCAGGUUCCAGUAUCAGUGGCUAUGAUGACACCUCAAGUUAUCACUCCCCAGCAAAUGCAGCAGAUUCUCCAGCAGCAAGUGCUGACUCCACAGCAACUUCAGGUCCUGCUCCAGCAGCAGCAAGCACUCAUGCUUCAACAGCAGCAGCUUCAAGAAUUUUAUAAGAAACAGCAGGAACAGUUGCAACUUCAACUUUUACAGCAACAACAUGCUGGAAAACAACCUAAAGAGCCACAGCAGCAACAGGUGACUUCACAGCAGUUGGCCUUUCAGCAGCAGCUUUUACAGAUGCAACAACUGCAACAACAGCACCUCCUGUCUUUACAGCGCCAAGGUCUGCUAACGAUUCAACCUGGCCAGCCUACCUUGCCAUUGCAGCCUCUUGCUCAAGGCAUGAUUCCAAGUGAACUACAGCAACUCUGGAAAGAAGUAACAGGUUCUCACACAGCAGAGGAAGCUGUAAGCAACAACCACAGUAGCUUGGACCUCUCAACGACAUGUCUCUCCUCCUCAGCCUCUUCUAAGACCUCCUUAAUAAUAAACCCACAUGCCUCAACAAAUGGACAACUGUCAGUCCACACUCCUAAAAGGGAGAGUUUAUCCCAUGAAGAGCACUGUCAUAGCCAUCCACUUUAUGGGCACGGAGUAUGCAAAUGGCCAGGCUGUGAAGCGGUAUGCGAAGAUUUCCAGUCUUUUCUAAAACAUCUCAACAGUGAGCAUGCGCUGGACGAUAGAAGUACAGCCCAAUGUAGAGUACAAAUGCAGGUUGUACAACAGUUAGAGCUGCAGCUUGCAAAAGACAAAGAGCGCCUGCAAGCUAUGAUGACACACCUGCAUGUGAAGUCAACUGAACCAAAAGCCACCCCUCAGCCUCUAAACCUUGUAUCUAGUGUCACACUUUCAAAGACUGCAUCAGAGGCAUCGCCACAGAGCUUACCUCAUACCCCCACCACCCCAACAGCACCCAUCACUCCUGUUACCCAAGGACCUUCUGUCAUCACUACUACCAGCAUGCACAACGUCGGGCCUAUUCGAAGGCGGUACUCUGACAAAUACAAUGUGCCCAUUUCUUCAGCAGAUAUUGCGCAGAACCAAGAAUUCUACAAGAAUGCAGAAGUUAGGCCACCCUUUACAUAUGCAUCUUUAAUUAGACAGGCCAUUCUUGAAUCUCCAGAAAAGCAGCUAACACUAAAUGAAAUCUACAACUGGUUCACACGAAUGUUUGCCUACUUCAGACGCAAUGCAGCAACAUGGAAGGGUGCUAUUCGCACCAACCUAUCCCUGCAUAAGUGCUUUAUCAGAGUAGAGGAUGAGUUUGGGUCCUUUUGGACUGUUGAUGAUGAAGAGUUUAAACGUGGCCGUCAUAUUCAACGAGGCCGUCCUCGAAAAGUCUGCCCCGAUGAAAACUUUGGCGAGCUUGUUACACAAAACCCUUCACUUAUUAAAAACAUGCAGACCAGCCACACCUACUGCUCACCUCUCAAUGCUGCUUUACAGGCUUCAUUGGCUGAGAACAGUAUACCUCUGUACACUACUGCUUCCAUGGGAAACCCUACUCUGGGCAGUUUAGCCAAUGCUAUGCGGGAAGAACUUAAUGGUGCAAUGGAGCAUGCGAACAGUAAUGGGAGUGACAGCAGUCCAGGACGUUCCCCUAUGCAAGCAAUGCACCCUGUGCAUGUCAAAGAAGAACCGCUAGAUCCAGAUGAAAAUGAAGGCCCACUAUCAUUAGUGACAACAGCCAAUCACAGUCCAGAGUUUGAUCACGACAGAGAUUAUGAAGAUGAAAAUGUAAAUGAGGACAUUGAAUGAAUAUGUCUGUAGUUGUGUUUCUGCAAAUGAAGCUCACGGGGAUGGAGUUUCAAAAAAACAACAACACCAUAUACUUCAAAAUUAGCUGUGAAAUCUCUCCCCGUUGUUGUACAGUCUGGAGGAUACACUCAGUCCAUGUUGACAGCUACAAAAUAUGUUAACUCUUAGUGCCAUCACAAGUAUCCCAUUUGGGAGUAUUUUUGAUUUUUCUACUUUUUGUUGAAAAAAAACAAAACAAAGGAAUUUGUACUCUUGUGCAUUGGAUGGACUUGUUUGGUACUUGGGAUUCCUUCUCACGGUCAACAUCAGUGUUGUAAAUUUGUUCAACCAAUUCAUUUAUACACACUUUGGCAGCAGACUUUGGACUGCAAUUCUUCCAGUUUGGGACACUGAAGACAUCAAGCUGAGCAUGUACACAUAAAUUGCAGAUCAAGCUGUUCCCCAGAUUUUAAGAGUUCCAAUGGACAACAUAUUUGCACAGUAUCGCAUGUUGAUUAUCACUGCCUUUACUUUCUUCUUUUUUUCUUUUGAUUCCUGUUGGGAUGGGGAAGUCCUGAUGUGUAUGUGCGUAUGCGUGCAUGUGUGGGUGUAGGUGUGUGUGCAUACUGAAGAGGGAUUAAAAGAGCAUUCUCCCAAUUAUUUUUUUUUUAGUGUAUAGCUUUGAUUCCCCCGCUCCCCACUUCUCCAAUGCCAUUUUAAGUUCUGACCUCAGGCCUCAACUGGCCAAGGCCUUUUGAGGCUUAAUGUUUUUCUGUACUUUUGUGAUGAAUGUUAAUAGGUGUGUUUAUUAUACAAAGAUGAAUGUC